AUGAAGAGGCUAUUUCUAUUCUUUGAUCAUAAUCAUCCCGAUAUUGCCAAAUCGUAUAACAAUAUCGGAGCUGCAUAUUUGAAUCAAGGAAAGCAUGAAGAGGCUAUUUCUAUAUAUGAGAAGUCACUUAAAGUUACAUUUUCAGUCUUCGGUCAUAAUCAUCCUGAUGCUGUAAAAUUAUAUAACAAUUUACGAAAUGGGUGUUUUGAUCAAGGCAAGCAUGAAGAGGUCAUUUCUAUAUAUGAGAAGUCACUCGAAAUUAGAUUGUCAGUCUUAGGUCGUAAUCAACCGCAUGUUGCUACAUCAUAUAACAAUCUGGGAAAUGUGCGCUUGCAUCAAGGCAAGUAUGAAGAGACUAUUUCUAUGUAUGAGAAGUCGCUCAAAAUAAGAUUACCAGUCUUUGGUCUUAAUAACCUUGAUGUUGCCAAAUUAUAUAAUAACAUGGGAAUUGCAUGUAGAUAUCAAGGCAAGCAUAAAGAGGCUAUUUCUACGUUUGAGAAAUCUCUAAAAAUUGCAUUGUCAGUCUUAGGUCAUAAUCACCCGGAUGCUGCUGUAUCAUAUGGUAACAUAGGAGAGGCACUUUGUAAUCAAGGAAAUGUUUAUGAUGAUCAAGGCAAGCAUGAAGAGGCAAUUUUUAUGUACGAAAAGUCACUCAAAAUUACAUUAUUAGUCUUUGGUCAUAAUCAUCCCGAUGUUGUCAAAUCAUAUAACAACAUGGGAGGUGUAUAUUAUAAUCAAAGCAAGCAAGAAGAGGCCGUUUCUAUGUACGAAAAGUCACUCAAGAUUAAAUUGUCAGUCUUUAGUCGUGAUCAUCUCGGUGUCACUACGUCAUAUAACAAUCUAGGAUAUGUGCAUUUUCAUCAGGAUCAAAAGAAUAUUCCAGGUCUUACCAAUGAAGAUGAAGUUAGUAUGACAUUUUUUAUUUAA